CCUUUCGUCAGUUGGGUCUCGGCCGCCGUCAACGUCAAUACGACGAAGGCGCACGAGAGUACAUCGCCUCGGCUCCGGUUAACGCCGAGGCACCACUCGGCGUUCAUCGACGGGAGGAACGCGAGGAACCUGGCCCAUAUUUUCGCACAUUUCGCGCUACGUCUCUUCCCCCAAUUGCAUCCCACUAUUUUCCCGAUUUUUCAACAUUUCCGACUCCAUCUUUCCCCUUUCUCUCUCUUUCUCUCUCCCUCUCGAUUUUUUUCUCUCUUCAUCUCCUUUCUCUGUAUGCACUUCAAUACGUUCGCGUUCCAACAUCAGUCUACCGGUGCAUCGCAAACGGUCCUGCGUUGAUGUGCAUCGUGAGUGGCGCCGAUAGUGGAUGAUGACAUGUAUAGUGGAGGACGCAUUGUUCAGGUGUGAUUGAGAGAGAAAGGCUAGAUUCGUCUGCUUGAUGCAGUGAGGGUAUGGCCGGUGGUUACUACGUUUCUUGCGGGAUGAUCCUCAUGGGAGUGCCCGCGAGUGCUGUCUUCGAGUGCGACGGCGGCGACGGCGGUGGCGAACACGCCGGAUGUGUAUAGAGAAGAGAGAAUGUUCAACGUUAUAGUAGAACAUCGAUGUAUAAUAGUGCGAGCCAAAUGUAUAAUAAUUCUAUGAGACUUAUAUAUGAGCGCGUACUUCUCAACGAUCGACAAUCAAUUUCGUGUUCUGCCCUGUCAUCAUCGCUCCAAGAGCCGAUAUAUUCUUCGUUACCGGAAAUCACCUAAUGUGCUAAAUACAUUGUAAUGAACCCCUUCUCUUACAAAGAGAUAUUUUUUUAGAAUUCGUAAAAUGAAAACAAAAUGCAGCUUUGUGUAAGUGACUGCGUGUAAUCGAGUAACGUUAUCGUGUUGAGCGCAAAAGUCGACAAUAACAGAAUUUUGUUCUCUCGUGAACUUUUUCGCACUGAUUUGUACAUACGUCGUAUCAAAAUGACAAAUUUGUGCGUACGAGUGCAUUCGAUCCGACGAUUGCGUAAUGUAAAAAAUUACACGUGUUCUUUGACUAUGGACCGAAACUUCUAAAAUCUUUCGCGAUGCUAUAGCGUCGCGUUUUUAGCCUGAUGUGGAUAGGAAUGAUUUAAUGAUUGGAGUGAUUACAACUUCGACGAAUCGUUAAUCGCAAUGUGGUAAUAAAAGAAAUAUGUGACAUUUUAAAUAAACUGCUCCGUAAUUAAUUUUAUAAUUUAAUGUUUAUUGUAUGAAAGUAAAAAUUGAUUAAAGGAAUUUCUGACGGGCUCCGACUUUGCUACAUCAAAACUAUUUUGCAUGAUAACAACAGUUGUUCGAUACGAUAUAAAAGAAACUAUGAUCACGCCGAUUAAAAUAUAAAUAUAUAAAGAAGUAAAACGUUAGCGUGAUCAUAAUUAGUUAACAUAAUUUUAUACAUUAUUACACAGAGGGAAGAAAAAACAUAAUCGAUAAUAAUACAAUAGAUUUAAUAAGUAAUAAUCCAUAGAUUAUAAAAUUCAUGAAAAGAGAGAAAAAUGACGUAACGCUAAAGGAGUCUACAUAUGCAAAUAAUCAGCAACUUCUAAAUUAUAUUACAAAGAGUGCGCGAAAAAACGUGCAAAUGUUUAGUUGUUAGCUUAGUUGCGGUUUUUCAUCUUAGAGUUUACCUAGCCGCGUUGAGUACAGUAGAGUACGAGAGCCAACGAGUACAAGACAAAUUAAGAGCGACGAGCGAACUUGUUAGACGACGAAAUUCCGCAUGCUCAGUUUACACCUCGUUAUACUUGGAGGGUUACUCUGGACCGAGAAUAGUCGAAUGAAAAUAUGCGUGAAUGUCGUGGAAAUGAGGAAAUAAAUUGGUUAUGAAAAUUCGUGCGCGAGAACAGUAUUAUUAAUUUUGAGUUUCUUAUGCAGAGGAGAGUAAAAAUAUAAGAGACAAAUGCGCAUUAACAUUAUUUUAUAAUAUUUGAGAUAAUUUAGUGAAGGUGCUUAUCAAAAUUUUCGUGAGACUAACGUAGUAAUAAAAAGUAUCGAUCUUUGUAAGACGCGAUAAAAUAUUAAUUUGUUAACGUACUGAAUACAUCGUAUAAGUGUAAAUCAAGAAUAUCAAGAGAAGGGAUGACGGAAUUUAUCUGACAUGCAAAGCGAGGAUUUGAGAGCAGACAUUUUCCAUUAAUCAUUUUCUGGAAUAAAGGGCAAAGUUGCUUGCGGUUAACAACCUCGGGCAGCGUUCAAAAUUUCCUUGAAAACUGAGGGGCAGAGAUGAAAAAGCUGCAGAUUUAAUCAUGUAGGGACAGGAGGAUAGAGUGGCGAAGAGUGACACGGAAGAUAACGCUACAUCAAAGGAAGUGUUAAGAUAGAGGGUAACGUGCUAAUAAUUGUUUCAUUACUCUAUGCUACUGUUACGAGAUGAUGUGCAACAAUGAACUCUGCCAAGCGAUCAACAUCAAGAGUAAAAAUAAAAUUUACGAACUGGGAUAUUCAUUGAAAAAUGGAAGAUUGAAAGAUUUCUCGAUAUUUAGAAGCAAGAAAGAUUUAAAGAUUUUUCAAUAUUUAAAAACACGGUUUGUUAAUGAUGUGCGUGAAUCAUACUGAUAUAAGAGAUAAUUAAAUACUUUAGAAACAAGUACAGAAAUUUUUCUGGAAAAAAUUAUGGACGAUUUUUGAGGCUACGUGCCCUUAAUUUCUUGAAAUAACGGAGUGCGAAAGAAAAUUUGCCAUAUCUAAAAAAUACAUUUAUAUAUCAAAACGACCUAAGUACGAUGUCGAGAGUAAUUUGAAUAUGAAUUUGUUUAAUAUGUACCACGUUAAAUGAUGGAAAUGAUUUAUUAACUGUUCGAUAUUCAGUUGAUUCGUAAAUUCGAUUGUACCAGCAUAUAGAGAGAGAGACAAUUUUCCAAUAAUCGCCGAAUUGAAAUAUUCUAUAUGAGAUAGAAAAAAAAUUGAAACAAGGGAAAAAAUUAACCCUGUGCGAAUUUUUAACACUGAAGUUCUAUCAUAUGGAAUAAUGGAAUAUUCGAUGAUACGUGAACGAGAAAUAUAUGCUUCCUUAUUUUCUAUUAUUUAAAUGAAGAAAUUAUAAAAUCAAUAUAUAUGUGAAACUCUGAGAAUCAUGUGCUUUAUGGAAACAUUGCAUAUAUGUCUUACGAAACAUAUCCUAAUCCUUCAAGCGAAGCAAGAGAGUAAUCGAAACAAAAUGUACAGCUAAACGUACAACUGUUUAUGUAAAAAAAAAGUCUGCUGGCAAGGACAAUCUUUCACGUAUUUAUAUUUAUACCGACGUAGGAUGUUUACACGUUCCAAGAGCAAAUUGAAAAUAUGUAAUUUGCACGGCACAUCAUGUAAGAAACUACGAGGAAAGCAAAAAGACAAUGCAACUCGCGAAAUGUUGACAACAUGUAAAUAUAAGACAAACGAGAAGUGAUUGAGAAAGAAUUGAAAUCGACGAGUUUCGCGAGCAUCCAAUCGUUCAUCGUUCGUUGGAUGCUAUAAAACUUCCAGAGUUCACUUGAGGCGACAGAUGUGUACUGGAAGUCGCCAGAGAACGACGACAAAGAGUAAACUUACAUCCACGCGCAUGUCCAAACUGUAUUUCCCUCUUUUCUACAACGGCGACGGUUCAAAGAAUCUGGAAAGGAAAUAACAUCGUUGUGCUCGAGCGACGAAUCGUCACUCGCUCGAAUCUGGGAGCCGUGAAACUCCCAGCGAGCACACGUCGAUCAGCACCGCUGCCCCAACUAGGAACGGAGCAAUAUCUGGCUGCGACUGGCCCCCCUAAAUGUUUUGACACUGAGUGCGUUAGGGUGCCGAGGUGGGGGGCGCGUGGUCUUGCUGCCUGCCGUGCGCCGGCGGCGGCGGGGGUGGGGGUGGUGUCGCUGUCUCGGGAACUACCCCCGAGGUUAAGAAGAGUUCCGGCUCGCUGAAGGAGUAUCAGCAGUAUCAGCAGUAUCAGCUGCCCCACCAGCAGCCCGAGUAUCAGCACAAAAAUCCGCAGCUGGAGCAGCGUCAACAGCCGAAACGUAUCUGCGUGGCUCAGAUUAAGGAACGCGCGCCGCUCAGCAAUCUUGACGAGGAUUUGGACGACGACGAGCUCGACGACGAGGAGAAGGAGUGCGAGUUAAGGAUAUAUGAAGAGGAAGAUUACGGAAGGGAGAGCGGCACUCAGCAUCGGCUUAGCCCGCGGCUGCACGACAUCGAGGAGGAGGACGAUGAAGAGGGCCGUCACGUUCGAGAGAGACCUUAUCUACCUAAAAAGUCGCCCACACAGAGCGGUAGCAGGAGCGGUUGGCGUUCCCGUAGGAGCGUCACGACGGCGGGCGCCUCCGGCGGGCACCAGCACCACGUGAUCGCUAGUGCCGCCGCGACGGCGCAGGCUAGGAUGCAGGCCGAGCAGGGUAGCAUCGGCGAACUACGUGGUUAUCACAACCUGCGUUCCCGCAGGCACACCUUGGCCAACGUACGUUUCGACGUGGAAAAUGGCGCCUCGACAUUGGACGGCGGCGCCGGCGGCGGUGGCGGUGCCUCGCCGAGCGCGGGACUCGUUCUUCAGACACUGCCCCAGAGAAGGGAAAGCUUCCUGUACCGAAGCGACAGCGACUUCGAGAUGUCGCCGAAGUCGAUGUCUCGAAACAGUUCCAUCGCCAGCGAGAGGUUCAAAGAGACAGAGCUUCCUGUUGAGCGAGCGAUAUUUACCGAUCAGUACAGCCAUGGCGAGGACCUCAUCGUUACACCCUUCGCACAGAUUCUUGCUUCUCUGCGCUCGGUCAGGAACAAUUUCUUGUCGCUCACGAAUGUACCGACGAAUAAAUCACGAAGGAGUAGUGGCCAACAGGGCAGUAGUACGCCACAGCCACGGAUUUUGGCGCCAGGAGAGGAGCCCUUCAUGAAACUGGCUGUUGAAACGAUAGAGGAACUAGACUGGUGCUUAGACCAGUUGGAGACCAUUCAGACGCAUCGAUCCGUGUCCGACAUGGCAUCCCUGAAGUUCAAGAGAAUGCUGAACAAAGAGCUAUCGCAUUUCUCGGAGUCCUCCAAAUCUGGCAAUCAAAUUUCGGAAUACAUCUGCAGCACCUUUCUUGACAAGCAGCAGGAGCUGGAUUUACCAUCUCUGCGAAUCGAGGAUGCGGUCGCCGCUGCGGGUAGCGCGGAUGCACGAGCGGCGAAGAAGAAGGACCGCGCACAAAGGGGCCCUGCCGCCAUGUCACACAUCAGCGGUGUGAAACGGCCAUUGACACACACCAACAGCUUCACCGGGGAGCGCGUGCCGCUUCACGGGGUGGAAACACCGCACGAGGAGGAGCUCGGCAAGCUGCUUUCGGACAUCGAUAAGUGGGGCAUCGACAUCUUCAGGAUAAGCGAACUCAGCAGUAAUCGACCCCUCACUUGCGUGGCGUACACGGCCUUUCAGAGUCGAGAUCUGCUCAAAUCACUGGCAAUACCGCCCAAGACCUUCGUUACCUUCAUGAUGACUCUAGAGGAUCAUUACGUGAAGGAUAAUCCCUUCCACAAUAGCCUCCACGCAGCCGAUGUGACUCAAUCUACUCACACUCUGCUCAACACGCCUGCCCUAGAGUCCGUGUUCACACCGUUGGAGAUCACCGCUGCAUUAUUCGCGGCUUCUAUCCAUGAUGUAGAUCAUCCGGGACUCACGAAUCAGUUCCUCAUUAAUUCAAGCUCUGAACUCGCGCUGAUGUACAAUGACGAGUCGGUGCUGGAGAACCAUCAUCUGGCAGUCGCGUUCAAGCUUCUGCAAAACGAGGGCUGCGACAUAUUCGUGAACAUGACGAAGAAGCAGCGGCAGACGUUGCGGAAGAUGGUCAUCGACAUGGUCCUUUCGACGGACAUGUCCAAGCACAUGUCGUUGCUGGCCGAUCUAAAGACCAUGGUGGAAACGAAGAAGGUCGCCGGGUCCGGCGUGUUGCUGCUCGACAAUUACACCGAUCGCAUUCAGGUGCUGGAGAACCUGGUGCACUGCGCCGAUCUGUCGAAUCCGACGAAACCGUUGCCGCUCUAUCGACGAUGGGUGGCUCUGCUGAUGGAGGAGUUCUUCCUACAGGGCGAUCGCGAACGAGAACAGAAUAUGGACAUAAGUCCGAUGUGCGAUCGGCAUAGCGCGACAAUCGAGAAGUCGCAGGUCGGCUUCAUCGAUUAUAUCGUGCAUCCGUUGUGGGAGACCUGGGCGGAUCUGGUGCAUCCGGACGCGCAGGAAAUUUUGGAUACUCUCGAGGAAAAUCGCGAUUGGUAUCAAUCGAUGAUACCGCCCUCGCCGCCCUCCGACGACACGCAGCAGUCAGCAACGAACGAGAGUCAGCAACAGCAGGACAGGAUACACUUCCAGGUGACGUUGGAAGAGGGCGACGAGACCGGCGAGGCGGUGGAGGGUGGCGAUACCGGCGGUGGCGGUGGCGGCGAUGGCGAAUCGACGACAUUUUCUAGCGAGGACGCGGGCGGUGAGACGGAGGAGAACGCCACGGAGGCUGGGAUGUGACGGAGGCUCGCCGGGAUUUGUAGAAAGUUCCACGAGAAGGUGCAUCAGAGCUGGUGGCGCGUGCGUCAGUGACAUUUGCACUUAGCCGCGCCUAGCCGCCGGUCCCUUUGUAUCGACCUAUGCCGCGUUGGCCGGACCACAAGAGGAGGAGGCGGUUGAGAUGACGGGAGCCAUCUCGAUCGGGCAACAAGAGAUAACGUCCCGACGACGACGGAACACUAUGACGGAGGUGCGAGAAAUGCGUCGGGAUCGCUACGCUUUCGGCUGGACCGAGAAACGAACGGCGCAUGAAGGAGCACGUUUUGCCGUCGUCGUCGUCGUCGUUUUAGUUUCGUCUCCGCAUCUCAUUUGAAUUCUAUCAAGCGGGAGGGGCGAAUCUCUUCACAAAGUACCUGCGCAAAUGAAAGCGGCAGCUGCAUGUUUGCGAUAUAUAUCGAGUGGGUGGCAAGAUGAUUUUUUUUUCUUAUUACACACAAGCACACACUGAAGAUGAUGACGAUUGUGGGACGGUGAUCGUCCAUCGUGUAUCAAUCCAUCAUCUUUUUUUUUCUUCGACAUAUGAAGAUGUGCCGCCGUCGAAGGCUGAAAGAAACCUCUCUUCCAGAACCAUGCAAGAUCCUCAAUGACAUAUCAACAUUAUAUACAAUGGAUUCUAGCCGAAGCAUAUUAGCGAACAGAUCGAUGUCACUGUCUUCUUCUUGAACGUUUCAAACGCCGCACAGAAAUUAUAUUGCGUGAUACGUAAGUUAAUUGAGAUUUAUUUGCAUACGUCGGAAAUUUCAAAUACGCUCAUCGAUUCGUUUCUUGUGUCACGUAUGACAUCAUGUUGUAAAUUUAAUAAUGCGUCUAAUUUUACGAAAUGUCCCACGAUAAUCAAUGUUCAAAAUUAUACAUGCGAUGUCGAACGAAUCGAACACAUGUUAUCUGAUAUACGCGCUACAUAUGGAAAGAAAAUAAGUGACAAAAAUGGAAAAAACAAUUAAAUGGAUACUCAGUUACAGUUAGGCGUUCAUUCUUUUGGUUCUUCGACGGUUCAAAUAGUCACCUACUUAUCGGUAGAAAGAGAAGGAUACCUGUCUUUUUAAUCGUAAGAUUUUGUCAUGUUCGCUUUGUAGACGUAGACAAGUUCGUAAUUGAAUUGUUCGUAAUCGAAAACGAGAAUCCAGAAGUAGCCGCGUGUCUAUAAAGGAAAUGCUAGAGCAAAAUACGUAGAGUAUUACUCACCAUCUAUAUGAUUUACGAAAGAAGAGCGAGAUAAAUUCGCUCUUUUUCCCUAAAUCGUGUAAUCAGUGGGAGAGAACACCGAGCAGCAGCAGAACGAGAGAGAGGGAGGCAUCGAGAUAAGGGGACAAUUAAUUUUAAUACACAACUAUGUCGAGAGCUGGCCUUUUAAGUUUGUAUUAAAAUUAAUUACCGAGACGCUUUCUUCUUGCGAUAUAUACAUCAUAUACACAAAACAUACAUAAAAAAGGAACACACAUACAUAUACAGACACAUGACACAAACGCAAUACGUACAACUACAAUGCGCGCGAGGAUAUAUAUCGAUAGAUGUUUUUAACCAAAGAGUAAUAUAAGUGAUUGUUAAGUUGAUUGCCGAGCGUGCCGUUCACCAAUACGUCCUUUGGCGACAAAUAUAUAUGUAUAUAUUCCAGCGAACGGUGAACGAAUCGUUCUGGAAUCUCGCGUGGAACGUGAGAAGUAAAGAAGAAGUCAUCCUCUCGCCACGGAUGUCCGCGAAUCGCUCAAAUUUGCAAAUUCGUUCGGUUUAAAUUCAAAAGCGCGCGAUCGCUCCAAGCGAAUUUGGAAUCUUAUCGCGCCGUUUGAAGGCUCGAACGUCCAACGCCAACCGUCGUGCUUCUUAAUGUACAAAAAAAAAUUGACGACACCCCCACGAAAGAUAUAUUUCUCUUCCUCUUUUUUUUUUUAAUAAGCCGCACGAACAUAAUUUUUAUUUUCCGUCGUAUUGGUGAAAUGGCGACAGUUGCGCGCCUCGAUAAUAUAUCAGGGAAAAUGAAUGUGAAAACACGUCUUUUUAAUGACCGAGUGUAUACCGAAGAUCAGCCUAAAACAAAAUUAACAUUACAUAACUACUUAAGUCGUAAAAAAAGCUUGCCAUCGACUGCGCGGAGAGCUAAGAAAUUCGGCAUACGAGUCUGAUUAGGCGUGUACAAGCGGUGAUAGCUCGGGCUCAUGUAAUCAUACAUUUCUUAAUCACGUUAAGGUAAUUACCUUAUAAUCGCAUAACAAAAAAGAAAAAAGAAAAAAAUACUACGGAGAAAGCAAAAUCUCUAUGUGUGUUGUAGACAGUGAUCUAGUGAGUGUUUUGGUGCUGGUCACCAAGUUUAGCUUGUAAGAAAAAACUCCACGAGGUUCACGAGAGUCCGCGACUACAAGUUGUUAAGUCAAGAGGGAGAGUUAACUUAACGAAGUUUUUAGGGCGUAAGCAACGAGGUUAUAAUAAUAAUAAUAAUAAUAUAAUGUAAUAAUUACUGAUAAUGAUCAUAAUAUUAACAGUAAUAAUAAUGAUAAAAAGCGCGAUAAGAGAGAUACUGAUUUACUAAUUAGUGUUAACGAUAACACUCACACUACGCAAACGAAUCGAGAUUACGUUCGCUUCACGGGGAGCGACGAGUCGUUUGCACGAGGAUGAAAAGGAAAAGAACGAGGAAAAGGACGAUCAAGUGUUAUCGAGCAUGUAUCUCUGCACCGACGUCGAAUUGGAAACUCGGCGAAAGUAUUCGAUCAAGCGGUGAUCUUUUUAAUUAUUUAGCGCGGGUGCGCCUUUGAUUGUAUAUUUUGGCGAUGGGCGAGCGGAAACGCACUCGUUCUUUUUUUUCCGUAAACGUUUUUCUUGUCGCUCGUCUCGAUGGAUCUCGCGGGUAUGCGCGCAGGUACAAAUAUAAAAAGAAAGAAACACGCCACAAAAAUAUGACUUGUCACACAAAUCUCAUUGAAUUACAGCGGUUUAUCAUAUUUUUAAAACACGAUUCGAGCAGCAAUUGGAGCGUGUCUUCUGAAUAUAUAUAGCGGGUCUGUUGGUUGUUUGUUAGAGAUUCAAAAUAAAUAAAGCGAGGAAGAGACGCGAGAGAUAAAAUUAUACAAAGCGAAAAGCGAUCCGAUGAUUUACGAAUAUAACAAGUCGUCGCAUUGUGAUUCAAUGAGAUGUGUGUAACAAUAUUUAGUAAUAAUAGAAUUAUAUAAUGGUGAUGAGAUGAUGAGGAGAGAAAAAUAAAAAUAUCUGUUUGAUUGCUGGACAGUUAAAUGAAUGUAUUAAUAUCGUGUAAUCGUCGUACGAGAUAUAUGUGUAAUAAAACAUAUUUAUUGUCGGAACUCUUA